AUGGCGCCAGAGUAUGGAGAUACAACGGCGAACGAAGCGCUGUCAGAGCAACACAGCCACUCUAUCUACCAGCCUGAUGAUGAUUACAUCUCGGAAGUAUCGAUGUCCACAAGCGACGAAGUCGAACUGGACCACUUGAAUCCAGACGUCGCGCGGUCAGACGAUGAAGAGGCAGGACUCACAACUAAAGAAAGAAGCAGAAGAAAGCGGCGACGGAGGCGAAGUAUGGACUCGGAUGCUCGAAUUCUUGGUAAUUCACAUGCAUCACAAUUGGGUCAAAAGACUGCAGACCGCACUGUUAUCAGAGAGUUGUUCCUCAAUUCGCUAUUGGUCGGAUCGUGGUACCUCUUUUCGCUCUCGAUUUCCAUCUACAAUAAGUGGAUGUUCACACCAAAAUAUCUCGACUUUCACUUCCCCCUUUUCACCACUAGUUUGCAUAUGCUAGUGCAACUUGGCCUGGCAACACUAGUCCUCUACUUUGUUCCCCAUCUUCGUCCAAGCGAAAACGGUAGUGACGAAACACACGGGCAUGCACCAGCUAGACGGGACUCGACACCCCCUGAAAAGUCUGUAAUGACUCGAAGCUUCUACCUCACGCGCAUCGCUCCAUGUGGUGCUGCGACUGGCCUAGAUAUAGGUCUUGGGAAUAUGAGCUUGAAAUUUAUCACUUUGACUUUUUAUACAAUGUGCAAAUCUUCCUCAUUAGCCUUCGUUCUCACAUUCGCAUUCAUUUUUCGACUUGAAAAUCCCUCAGUAAAAUUGAUUACAGUCAUCGUCGCCAUGACGAUCGGUGUAAUUAUGAUGGUAGCUGGUGAAGUAGAUUUUGACGCCCUUGGAUUCGCUCUUGUCAUCCUUGCCGCCUUCUUCUCAGGCUUCCGCUGGUCCCUUACCCAGAUAUUGCUUCUCAGAAGCCCAGCUACCAGCAAUCCCUUUAGCAGCAUAUUCUUUUUAGCACCAAUAAUGUUUUUCAGCUUAGCCCUGAUUGCCAUCCCAGUCGAGGGCCCACUGGACCUGGUGAAGGGUUUGACGGAUCUUGUCGAUGCGAAAGGAAUCUUUCUUGGGAUAUCAAUCUUGCUUUUUCCCGGGCUGUUGGCUUUUCUAAUGACAGCUUCGGAGUUCGCUUUGCUUCAGCGUACUUCAGUGGUUACGCUAAGUAUAUGCGGUAUCUUCAAGGAGGUGGUGACGAUCUCAGCAGCCGGAAUAGUUUUCCAUGACCCGCUUACACCUAUCAAUAUCUCUGGCUUGCUGAUCACGAUCGCUAGUAUUGCUGCCUAUAACUACUUGAAAAUUACGAAGAUGAGAGAAACAGCCCGACUUGAGGUGGCAGACACACGAAAAGGCGUAGGAGAGAAUGAGCUCGAGGCUGACCUAGAUGCGGCAGAGCCUAUGCUUCGAACACCAAGUGAAAGGCAUAGAAGUAUUAGUACGGUGAGAGCAUCAAGCGAGCGUUCACGGUCAUCAAACCGUGUCGUCUCAUCCAAAGACCCGAGAGUGGUUGAUUGA